CUCGGGGAGCGAGAUGAAAAAGUCACAUUAUGAUUGUCGGACUUCGUCCACAACAGCUGUUCUUGUACGACAUAGCCACACUUCCGACCUCAAUGCCGAUUCCCUGUUCCAUCACCCCGCCAGCCCACCUGCGUCUGCGCCCUCGACCGAAUUCUGACGCUAUGUCGCAUGCCACAGUAGAGGGGCGGGGUUCCGUCUCUCCUCGCACCUAAGUACGGCCUGAUUGAUUUUGCGAGGCACAGCCCUAUCACAUAUUCAUCUGGUUAUGUCAGCAGCAAGGAGGGAUCAUUUUUUGGUGGGACAAAGACGAAAUGCUUCCGGAGAUUGGAGUGCUUAAUUCCGUCCCGCGGCUUCAUCAUUUUGACAUGACAUUCAGCUCGCUGAUAUAGACCAAGCCAGGGCACACUUGUCCCUACCAAGACAAGCAAAGAAACAAACUAAACAGCCCACAAGCAAGGGAUUCAUUUAUUCAUUGAACCAGCUAGCAUCUAUACGUCGUGCCCAUCACAAUCAAGCCUCUAAUCCCCGGCGCUAUGGCUCCUAACAAGACCGUCAUAUUUGUAACUGGCGCCAACAGCGGCAUCGGCUAUGAGACCGUGGCUGCUCUUGCUACAGCAUCAGCCGACUUCCACAUCCUCUUAGGCUCUCGGUCCGUGGAAAAGGGAGAAAAGGCCGUCAAGGACAUCCAGCAAGACGGAGCCAACAAGAUCAAGGCGACAAUCUCGGUGCUCCAGAUGGACGUAACGGACAAUGAGUCGGUGCUAGCCGCCAAGAAGCGCAUCGAGGUCGAGUUCGGCAGGCUGGACGUGCUGAUCAACAACGCGGGCAUUCUGGUCCACCAGCCCGACAUAGACCUCCUCACCUCCCUGCGGAUGAGCUUCGAGACCAACGUCUUCGCCCAGAUGCUCCUCACCGAGUCGUAUGCACCACUGCUGCAGAAGUCUGCCAAGCCGUACGUCAUCUACGUCUCCUCCGAGAUGGGCAGCGUCACCAACCGCCUCGACCCGGAGUUCCCCUUCCGGCAGAUCCGCGGCGAGCCCUACCGCAUGAGCAAGGCCGCGCUCAACAUGCUUGCCGCCUGCCAUCGCUACAACUUUGCCGAGUGGGGGUGCAAGGUCCUCGCCUUCAACCCGGGCUGGUGCGUCUCUAACCUCACCGGGGCAAAGGGCCGCGAGAUGCGGCAGAAGGGUGGCGCCCGUGACCCCAAGGAGCCUGCCAAGGCCCUUACAGACAUCGUUUUGGGGAAUCGCGAUGCCGAUAUUGAGAAGAACGGCAUGGUGGACAUCGACGGGGGAGUUGGUCCCUGGUAAAGGCGAUCCAGCAUCAAGCCCAGGUGGAGAGAUAAUCUCGGACAGUUUGCAACAUUUUACUUGACAGAGUCAAUAUAUUAUACAUCAAUCAA